AUGGACCGCUUAGAGAGAUUAAAACGUCAAACCCGUGAAUCUCGCUUGAGAACCGCCACCGUGGGAACAACACCUAGGGGCAGUACCAACACCCCCCAACCUGCAGCAAAGGCGACGCGUCAGAACCAUCGCCGCGCACGCAGGAAGAGGAACGUAAUACUCUGCCGUACCCAAGAAGCCUAUACCUGUCAGCUGUCACUGCUGAUCCUCCUCCCCACCCGGUCCUAUGACACCCUCCACCCCGUCCACCAGGAUGACUUUCAGCGCAGCAUCGAAUUCGAUUAUGCCACCUUGCCGAGAACUAGCCGUCGUGUCUCCUUUGAGAGCCUCUUAAAAAAUCUCUGCUAUCAAGACACCAUUGCCAUCCAGUUACCUUAUCUCAAUGCGCUCGAAGAGAGUCUCGUCGAUGCCCUACAACUUCUACAUUCCCACAAUAUCUCAUUUCCCGUCUCGGCCGAGGACAUCGAAUUUUCGCGGCACUGGGACGGCGACCGUGGUGAUAUAAGAUCCUUUAAGCUUUUUCUCCCAUUUAACAAGAAGGCCAGCUGGACUUCUAAUCACUUGCCGCUAACCUGGAAGGCUGAACAACUAUCGAACGCCAAAUCGAUUUUCUUCAUUCCCAAGUUACUCGCUCGACUUGGUGCCUCGCCAAAACCUACUCUACUAGAUCAUGUGAGCCAACAGGCCCUCGCCACUUACUUGAGGGAAAGGCCAACCUUCCACCACGACAAAUAUUGUUUAGGCAUCACCCCCAUCACUGCAAAGCUCGCUCACCAAAUUGCCUACAACCUCGUCAUGCGCAAUAUGGCCAAAGAGAGCUGCGAGAUCUUGGAAUCUUUUUUUGGCGGACCUAUGCCACUGCCCGAGCCAGGCACACCACCUGACGCGACUUGCAGGACCUUGUCCGAUUUACGCGCCCGCGCAGUCGAGUCUGGGAAAGACCAUGGCAGUAAUACUAUACUGUAUCAAGCCUUGGAAGCCAAGCUCCUGGUCGACUCUCCUGCAAUGGUUACGCGAUUCGUCUGCUGCAAAGCGAAGGUUGCGUCCGUUCUUAGAGACCCCGACAAGAGACAGUGGUGGCUCACAGCAAUGGAUCUAUAUGACGCUUUCCUCUCUAGCCAGGGGCCAAGCUCGAGGCUGGAGAGGGUCUGCGCCUUUGACUUAAAUCAUUAUCGGGAUGAAUAG